GGGCUUAGGCCGAGCUCUCUUCCGCGCCGUUCGCGUCUCCUCUUGUCUAGGCCCGCACCUCCUGCAGCCUUCAUUCAUUUGUUUUUUCAUUCAUGAAGGUGGUUGAGGCCUAGUUCAGCCAUGGAUAGCGCUGUCCCAGCCACCGGUUUCCUGUACUGGGUGGGCGCGAGCACCGUGACCUACCUGCUCCUGCGCCUCUCGUACUCGCUUUUCCGAGCCGUUCGGGUCUGGGGCGUGGGGAACGAAGGGGUCGGCCCGUGGCUCGGAGCCUGGGCAGUUGUCACAGGUGGUACUGAUGGAAUUGGAAAAUCAUAUGCAGAAGAGUUAGCAAAACGUGGAAUGAAGGUUGUCUUAAUCAGCAGGUCCCAGGAUAAACUGAACCAGGUUUCCAGUGAAAUCACAGAAAAAUUCAAAGUGGAGACAAAGACCAUUGCAGUUGACUUUACAUCAGAAGACAUUUAUGAUAAAAUAAAAACAGCCCUGGCAGGUCUCGAAAUUGGCAUCUUAGUGAACAAUGUGGGAAUGUCAUAUGAAUAUCCUGAAUACUUUUUGGAAAUUCCUGACUUGGACAACACCAUCAAGAAAUUGAUCAGUAUUAAUAUUCUGUCUGUUUGUAAGAUGACACGAUUGGUGCUGCCUGGCAUGCUAGAAAGAUCUAAAGGGGUGAUUCUGAACAUCUCCUCUGCUAGUGGCAUGCACCCAGUUCCACUGUUGACUAUCUACUCCGCAUCCAAGGCUUUUGUAGAUUUCUUCUCUCAGUGCCUCCAUGAAGAAUAUAAGAGCAAGGGCAUCUUUGUGCAGAGUGUCCUGCCAUACUUCGUAGCUACAAAACUGGCUAAAAUCCGAAAGCCAACUUUGGACAAGCCCUCUCCAGAGACAUUUGUAGAGUCUGCCAUUAAAACAGUAGGCUUGCAGUCAAGAACCACUGGAUAUAUGAUCCAUUCUCUCAUGGGCUUAAUAAACUCAAACCUGCCUCGUUGGAUUUAUUUUAAAAUAACAAUGGGUUUCAACAAGUCCUUGCGGGCUCGCUAUCUGAAAAAAGCAAAGAAGAACUAAGCACUGAUCACUCAGUAAGUCACCUGGCCAGAUACUUCAUCUUGCUCUGUACACUGCAAUGCAUCCACUAGCCUCCAGAGUCAGCACUGCUCUUUUAGUAAUCACUAGAGUGGGUGAAUGUUGUCAUAAUCAGAAGGAAAACAGAAACUGCAUUUAGGAGUUUCUGGAAAAUAUUCUGGAUAAAAUCCAAGAACAACUUGAAGUUUAAUAUAAAUGCCCAGAUAAGUUAGAUGUAGACCCAGUAUUACCCAGAACAACUUGAUAGAUGAGAACAUGGUAUAGCAAAUCACAGAAUGACAGAGGCAGUCAUAGAACUCAACAGUUUCAUCUGGUCCAAAUGCCAGUGAUCAUUAUUCUCAUAUUUUGUGUGAAAAAAAUAACAUAAAAUGUAAUGCUAGCUACUUUAGUUAACACUUUAAAGGAAUGGGUAUGAAUAAAUUUGCUUAUGGGUAGACACACUGCAGUUUAUAGUGAUUGCUGUAAGGUUUUCUAAAUGCAUGUUCUGGUUUGCAUAUUUAUAUGGAAAUAGUCUCUCAGAAAUAGCUAAUGACAUAAAAAUAAUUGGAAUAAUUUGUUAUUCUAACAUAUAGUCUGCUAAAAUGUUCUUUCUUGUAAUACAUAUUAUGUCUUAGCUGUUUAAAUAUAUGUAAGUACUGAAAGCUGUGUGGUAUGUUUGAAUUGUCUUUGGUAAAUGGGUCAAAAUAUAUAUCUAAAACAGCAACUUCCUAUGGUACCACCAAGAUCCUGACCAGGAAAGUGGCCUGUGUGGACCUCUAGCCUUCUUUGUAUCUGUACUAUAUUAAUAUGCUCACAUGUGACAAUAAAUGGUUUGUAAAAAAGUAAUGGUGUCAUGGAAAUAGCAUUGUUCCGGCUAAACUAGUUCCCUGUAUGUACUGAUGUAGCUGGCAUUAAUAAAAGAUGAUGUAGCCAUGGUGAUGAUUGAAAGCAUUUUGUGUGUGUGUGGCUGAAACUAAAGUACUGUUUAAACUGAUUUAAUGUAAGUUAAGGCUGAUUUUUACCUGGUGUCAUAGUUUGUACAAGUUUAUCACCAAGAAAGAAUUCAGAAUUACAAAAUAUGCAGCAUGGAAGGCCACCAAUUCUUUGUUUGAAACAUCAAUAAAUUUGUGAGAAAAAUCUUAA